GCUGUGGAAAUAGCCGCUGACAUCAGAAACAGCAGACACAAUGACUUGUCUAAAUACUUUGCCCACGUUUCAUCAGCUGUCCAUUGAUGCUGGGAGUUGGUGAAGAAACUCCGUUAAAAACUCGUUAAGUCCACGAUGAAUGGGGUCAAAACCUCAGAGAAGCCUUCCACGCAUUCUAGAUUCGCAUCGUAUUUACUUGCGCUAAGGCCGUGGUCAUUUUCGGCGUCGUUGAUUCCUGUUUCGCUCGGAGCCUUGUUGAGUUGGAAGACAACCGGUGAACUGAGCAUCCCACUAGCUCUCGCAACAGCCAUCGCUGUCCUGUGUGUCCACGCUUCUGGUAACCUAGUGAACACGUUCUAUGAUUAUCUCCGUGGUGUGGACAGUAAGGUAUCGGAUGACCGUACGCUGGUUGACCACAUUCUCUCGCCAGAUGAGGUUGUUCGUAUUGGAGUCAUCACAUACAGUACAGCGAGUAUUUGUCUAAUCUUUGUUAUGGUGUUAUCACCCGCGAAAAUGGAGCAUCUAGCACUGCUGUUCUUCGGUGGACUGUCCGGGUCGUUCUUAUACACAGGGGGAAUCGGACUGAAGUACUACGCUCUUGGUGAUAUUGUUAUCCUCAUCACCUUUGGCCCACUGGCCGUACUCUUUUCAUACGUGGUGCAGGGUGGUCAAUUCGCUAUGUUCCCCCUGAUAUAUGCUAUGCCCCUUGCACUGAAUACAGAAGCUAUACUACACAGUAACAACACAAGAGACAUAGAUGCUGACAAGAAGGCUGGUGCUGUCACAUUAGCCAUUCUGAUUGGCCGAAAGGCAUCUUAUAUAGUAUAUGUUAUCCUGUUGUUUUCACCAUAUGUGAUUUGUGCAGUAUGGGGAGUCAACUUAUCUAUAAGGUACUCCCUCCCUUUAUUAACACUGGGCUAUGCAUUCAAGCUUGAGAAAGAUUUCCGUGAUGACAAACUGUUCCUUCUACCCAAGAGAACUGCGAAGUUGAACCUUUACUUUGGGUUAUUGUACCUGAUAAGUUUCUCCAUAGCUCCUAGACUCCCACAUUUAGGAAAAAUAUGAAAGUGCAUACCCAGUAUUGCCUUCAGUCUUAAAACAUAUACUACCAUUUAUUCCCUAAUUUAUUUUACUCAAAAUCUAUUUUACCUACAGUCCAUGAAUGUGGUCAUGUUAAUAUUCUCCAUAGAUACAAUAUAUGUAUGUUAUUUUAAAUAUUUUCCUAUGGUUACAUAGGUUUUGAUUAUGAAAUUAUAUUUCUAAUGGCAGGAUACUUUGUUCUGUCUUUUCCUAAUUAAAUGUUGUACCAAAUUCUCUUUUUUUGUCUUUGUCUAAGAAUUUUGACCAUCUUCAAGGUCAGAUUCAUGUCAAAGUUUAGGACAGCAUGGUUAUUUUUGAGAAAGAAUGUAGUUGAGUACUUUUGUUAAAGAAAAUUAGAAUAUAUUUUUAAGGAUGCA